CUCUCUCUCUCUGAGCUGCCCCAACAGGAAUGGUUAUCAUUUUCAAAGACUUGAUAGACCCAUUCAUACCUGGAUUUGAAACUGGAACCGUCGAAUAAAUGAAGUUUUAAUUAAUACGUGUAAUAUAUAUUACAAUUUCAUAAGGUGGGUUUUUAAUUUUGGUUGGUAAGCUGACCUCCAGCUGCCGUGUGAGGACCUUGUAUUGAUCAGGGAACGAUUGAAUGCCCCUUCUUGCCAUGACCUUGUGAGGUCUUUUGGGCAGUGGACUUCUCUCAGAACAGGUCUUUUGAGACGCUGGACUGUUGGGUUUCUCUCAGAAUUGCCAAGGAAUGGGAAUCUGUUGAAAUAUAUGAGAUUAUUUUGUGGGAUCAUGUACUGGUGUAUUCAAGGAGCUAUGAAGUGUUUCACAUUCUCUAGUGGAGACAAGAAGAACGAACCGAAGAGCCCAAAGUCAAUAUCGGUUCAGUCCAAUUCUGCUUUUAUUGAGGGUGAAGUGAGGAGUUCCUGGCCUGAAUUAAAUUCUCAGAAUGCCUCAGACACUAGCACAGAGUCCUUAAGGAGGACCUCAUUUCCUAGUUUGUCUCAAAAACCCAGCAAUCUCAGAGUGUUUACAGUGUCCGAGCUGAAAUCAGCCACUAAAAAUUUCAGCCGCUCUGCUAUGAUUGGAGAGGGCGGGUUUGGGUGUGUUUAUAAGGGAUUGAUCAAGGGAGCAGAAGAUCCAUCUGUAAAGAUUGAAGUUGCAGUGAAACAACUUGGUAAAAGGGGAUUGCAGGGGCACAAGGAAUGGGUGACAGAAGUUAAUGUUCUUGGGGUGGUUGAGCAUCCUAACCUUGUCAAACUGGUGGGCUACUGUGCUGAGGAUGAUGAAAGAGGAAUCCAGCGACUUCUGAUAUAUCAAUAUAUGCCUAAUAGUAGUGUUGAACACCAUUUAUCCACUCGGUCAGAGACACCUCUUCCAUGGGCUGUGAGAUUGAGAAUAGCCCAAGAUGCUGCCCGUGGCUUAACAUACCUACAUGAAGAAAUGGAUUUUCAGAUCAUUUUCAGGGAUUUCAAAUCAUCUAAUAUCCUACUGGAUGAGCAGUGGAAUGCAAAGCUAUCAGACUUUGGAUUGGCUAGGUUGGGCCCAUCAGAAGGAUUAACCCAUGUCUCAACAGCGGUUGUAGGAACAUUGGGAUAUGCUGCUCCAGAAUAUAUUCGAACUGGACGUCUCACGUCUAAGAGUGACGUAUGGAGCUAUGGGGUUUUCCUGUAUGAACUCAUCACAGGUAGGCGCCCGUUAGACCGAAAUCGUCCCAAGAGUGAGCAGAAGCUCCUGGAAUGGGUAAAGCCAUUCCUAUCAGAUGUGAACAAAUUCCAGCAAAUAUUGGACCCGAGGCUUAAAGGGAAAUAUCCCCUGAAGUCAGCACAAAAGCUUGCAAUUGUAGCCAACCGAUGCUUGGUCAGACACCCAAAGAAUCGCCCGAAGAUGAGUGAGGUAUUGGAAAUGGUGAAUCGGAUUGUGGAGGCAUCAACGAAUUCUGGAAGUCCUCAACUACCCUUGAAGAGUUUGGAAGUGGUGGAAAAUUCUUCCGAUACUGAAGCCAAGAAUAAGAGAAGGAUUGUGGAUUUGAGAAAUGGAGAAAUUGGUUGGUUUACUCGGAUAUGGAAACCAAAACUCUUAAGGAUACGCUGAUUACAGUAUCUUUGAGCAAACUAACUGGGUUGUUCUUGGGUGAUCAGGUAAACUUGGAUGAGCUUCUUUGAGGUCUUAAGAUUCAUUAUGAAUAGACACGGAUAAUUACUUUCUGUUCAAUUCUGAUACAUGAUACCCCUUCCGAUUUUUUAACAUGGAUAUGUAAAAGGCCGCUCUCAUGUACCGGCAGGCUUCGGAGCUGUGGGAAGUUGUUACUUAAUCGGGGUAUUAUAAAUAGUAUAAAUAAGAAUAAGCUUCUAAGGUGGUGCUAAUUGCAGCGCCUCGGGCAAAAGAGGAUUAGGCUAGUUCUUUUUGGUGUUUAGAGAAGCCUGAAAGAGAUUGAGAAUUUCUUGCUGAAUCUGUAUGUAUAAACAGUGUAAUUCAAGUUCUGUAACCAUGUAAAUGUGUUUGUAUUGGAAACAUUUUUUUUCUAGUUUUACACCUUUUUCUAUUA